GAGAAAGUUAGACAGAGGGAGAGUUUGGUUACAGUUACAAAGUUUGAUCUCAAUAUAUUAAUUGAUGAUCAGGAAGAUAAAAAUGAAGAUGAAAGCCCAAAGUCAAUUUUGGCCAUCCACACCACCCCAUUACGUAGACCCAUAUUUGUAAGUUGGUCGGUCUCUUCGUUCUUAUCCUUAUAUCCCAUUACCACCACCUUCCUUGUACAGAAAAGUGUUUCCAUGUAUGAUUGUUUAUGAGAAUUCAAUGUAGAAAUUGUUGUAUUUAUACUAUGAAAGCAUUCAUGAUUAGUUUGUAAUACCCACCGAUAAUAAUAGCAGUUUAUCACCAGAAAACAAGCGCACCCUUUAAGCCAAAUCUUCAUUUUCAUAGCUAGUUGUGGAGUGUUUUUGCUUCAUUCCUUGGAUUUUUGUUUAUAAACACACGAUUUGUUUUCUGGGUUUUUGUCAUUAUGUUGUCGAGAUCUUGUUUCAAUCUGCUAAACCUCGAAGAUUAUUCGUGUGUUGAUCGGACUCGGAUACCGAGAGUUGUGACAGUACCGGGGAUAUUAUCGGAGUUUGAUGGCUCUUAUUACGACGAGGUUGAUGAUAAAAUUUCGGAAAUAGCCCAGUCUGACGUUGUCUCGUCAGUCAGUCAAGAACGCAGAAUCAUUGUAGCCAACCAAUUGCCAAUUAAGACUUCUUGCGAUCCAGAAACCAGGAAAUGGUGCUUUGAAUUGGACGAGGAUGCUUUGGUUUUGCAACUCAAAGAUGGGUUUCCAGCGGAGGUGGAAGUCAUCUAUGUUGGGUGUUUAAAGGCGGAGAUUGCCCCAUCGGAACAAGAAGAAGUGGCGCAGUUGUUGCUAGAUAAAUUUAGGUGCGUACCCACUUUUCUGCCGUUAGAGUUAUUGAACAAAUUCUAUCAUGGAUUUUGUAAGCAUUACCUUUGGCCUUUGUUUCACUACAUGUUGCCUGUGACCCCAAACCAUGGAGUCCGGUUUGAUCGGGCUAUGUGGCAGGCCUAUGUAUCAGCAAACAAGAUUUUUGCUGAUAAGGUAAUGGAGGUGAUCAACCCUGAUGAAGAUUAUGUUUGGAUACAUGAUUACCACCUCAUGGUAUUGCCAACUUUCUUGAGGAGAAGAUUUCAAAGAGUUAGGCUCGGGUUUUUCUUGCAUAGUCUCUUUCCAUCAUCUGAAAUAUAUCGGACAUUACCGGUGAGGGAAGAGAUUUUGAGGGCCUUAUUGAAUUGUGAUCUUAUUGGUUUCCAAACAUUUGAUUAUGCAAGGCAUUUCUUAUCAUGUUGCAGUAGAAUGCUGGGAUUAGAUUACCAAUCCAAAAGGGGGUACAUUGGUCUAGAUUAUUAUGGUAGAACUGUGAGUAUUAAGAUCCUCCCGGUUGGUAUUCAUAUGGGUCAGCUUGAAUAUGUUAAGUCUUUGCCGGACACCACAAAGAAGGCUCAAGAAUUGAAGGAAAAGUAUGAGGGGAAAAUUGUGAUGCUAGGUGUUGAUGAUACAGAUAUGUUUAAAGGUAUUAGUUUGAAGUUUCUAGCAAUGGGGCAGCUUUUAGAAGAGCACCCUCAAUUCAGGGGAAUAGUAGUUUUGGUCCAAAUUAUGAACCCUGCGAGGAGUUCAGGUAAUGAUAUCCAAGAGGUUCAAAAUGAGAUCAACAAGGUUGCAGGUGAAAUUAAUCAGAAAUAUGGUAAACCUGGGUAUGAGCCGAUUGUUUGUGUCAAUGGACCAGUUACAACCCAAGACAAAGUUGCAUACCAAGCCAUAUCCGAAUGUUGUGUGGUGAAUGCUGUGAGGGAUGGUAUGAAUUUGGUGCCUUACAAAUAUACAGUUUCCAGGCAGGGUAGCCCUGAUAUGGAUAAGGCCUUGGGCCUUUACGGGUCCGAAACACAUAGGAAGAGUGUUAUUAUUGUUUCAGAAUUCAUUGGAUGCUCUCCAUCUCUCAGUGGGGCAAUUCGGGUUAAUCCUUGGAACAUUGAUUGUGUAGCAGAUGCCAUGAAUUUGGCAAUCACAAUGCCCGAGGCAGAGAAACAAAUGCGCCAUGAGAAGCACUAUAAAUAUGUUAGUUCUCAUGAUGUCUCUUAUUGGGCGAGGAGUUUUGACCAGGACCUUGAGAGAGCUUGUAGAGAACAUUACUUCAAGAGAUGUUGGGGCAUCGGAUUUGGCUUGGGUUUCAGGGUUGUCGCUUUGGGUCCUAAUUUCCGGAAGCUCUCGGUGGAACACAUUGUUGCUUCUUAUAAUAAGACUAACAGCCGGCUUAUCCUUCUGGACUAUGAUGGUACCAUGACACCGCAAGGCCAGGUGGACAAAACUCCUAGCAAUGAAGUUAUUUCAGUCUUGAAUGGUUUGUGCAGUGAUCCCAACAAUGUCGUUUUUAUAGUGAGUGGCAGAGGAAAGGAUUCUCUGAGCAAGUGGUUUUCUCCAUGUGAAAGACUUGGUCUAUCUGUAGAACAUGGUUACUUAACUAGGUGGACUAAGCAUUCCCCAUGGGAGUCCUGCAUGUUAGCAAUAGAUGCCGACUGGCAAAAGAUAGCGCUACCCGUAAUGGAGCAUUAUACAGAGGCAACAGAUGGCUCUUUCAUAGAGCAGAAGGAAAGUGCCAUAGUUUGGCACCAUCAAGAAGCUGACCCUGACUUUGGUGCAUGGCAAGCAAAAGAGCUUCUUGAUCACCUGGAGAAUGUGCUUGCUAAUGAGCCUGUAGUUGUUAAAAGAGGCCAGCACAUUGUUGAAGUCAAACCACAGGGUGUGAGCAAAGGGGUAGUGGUGGAGAGUCUCAUUUCAAAUAUGCAGAGGAGGGGGAAGUCGCCUGAUUUUGUGUUGUGCAUAGGGGAUGAUCGUUCAGAUGAAGACAUGUUCGAGAGCAUUGCAAGUUCGGUUGUCAACCCGUCCUUGCCGGCCAUAGCAGAAGUAUUCGCGUGCACCGUUGGUCAGAAACCAAGUAUGGCAAAAUACUACCUUGAUGAUACCAUCGAAGUCAUGAAGAUGCUUCAAGGCCUUGCAGCAGCAUCAUCACAAAAACCAAAGUCUACACAUUUCCAGGUCUCGUUCGAAGGGUCUCUAUAAUUCAAGUCUCUGCUGUUCUAUGUGAGCAUUAGGCAUGCGUCUUUAUGUUCAAAGGGGAAAGCAUAGUCUAGAGCUAUCGCGAAAUACAGCCUUGUACAGAACACACUUACAUUUACAGGUUCCUUUGAAGUUCUAUGACUGCCUACUUGCUUCAUUGUGAUGUCCAAUAAUGAAUCUGGUAUGGAUAAGGCAUAUGUACACAGACCCUUUGAUAUUUCCAUGCAAAUGUACAGCAUUUGUUGUUUCGUCAUUGAACUGCAGUUACAGAGCGUCGGAAACAUAAACAACAGUAGUAAAAUAUAUUGAGAGAGAGAUAGAGAGAGGGAUUGUUGAGGUAUUAUGAAAAUGACAGUUUGGUUGAAUUGGAGAUACAGUUUGCUCUUUGUAUCUCCUUUGUGCUGAAAGUAAAGGUCCCAUAUCAGUAAC